AUCCUCCACCGAUCCCUUUGUCUCGCACCCGACCCCCGCCCGCUCCCUUUACCGGCGCCCCCCGCCGCGUCCCCGCAGCGGUUCAGCGCCCCGAGAGCGGCCGGGAGCGGCGGGGCGGGGCGGGGGGCGGUGGGGGGCGGCGGGGAGGGGGCGGAGGAGGAGGAGGCGGCGGCGGCGACGGAGGAUACAGCCGCGUUCCGCCGAGGCAGAGCAGCCCCGCGCUGCGGGAGCCCCGCGGACGUCCCCGGCCCCGCCCGUGCCGCCCCCCGCCCGGAUUCCCCCCCCCCCAGGGGCGGCUACAGCCGAGGUGAGUGGGGGGGGGGGGGCGGCCGCGGGGACACAAAGGGCCGCGCCCCCUCCUCGCCCGCUCCGCGCCCCCCCCCCAUUCCCGGCCCCCGCCCGGGGCUGCGGCACCGCGCUACGAUCGUCCCCGGCUGCUGCGGGGCUGCCCCGCUACUGCCCCCCCCCCACCCCGGUACUGCACCCCGUAGCGUCCCUCCGCAUUGCCAUCCCCCGGUUCUGCCCCCAACCCCGGUACUGCCCCCCCGGUAUAUUAUAUUACCCUUAUAUUGCCCCCCUCCCCCCGCACCACCCCCUCAAUCCCCCCCCUCCACUCCAUCCCUCGUUGCACUCAAUACUUGUUGGAAGUUUCUGAGAGCUGAGGCCGGGGGGGUUCCCCAGGCCCCCACCCCCUGUUCUGCCCAACCCCUCCCCACAUCCCCCAUGACCCCGAGUCCCCACCCCACCUGUUGUCACAGCCCCCCCGCAGGCCCCCCCCAGGACCAUGAUCUCCCCGAAGGACAAGGCCAAGGCUCCCAAGGACAGCAUGACUCUCCUGCCCUGCUUCUACUUCGUGGAGCUGCCCAUCGUGGCCUCCUCCAUCGUGACGCUGUACUUCUUGGAGCUCACCGACCUCUUCAAGCCGGCCAAGGUGGGCUUCCAGUGCCACGACCGCGCGCUCUCCAUGCCCUACGUGGAGAGCAGCGAGGAGCUCAUCCCGCUGCUCAUGCUGCUCAGCCUCGCCUUCGCCGCCCCCGCCGCCUCGAUCAUGCUCGGGGAGGGCCUGGUGUACUGCCUGCAGUCCCGGCUGAAGGGCCGCGCCGGCACCGAGGGCAGCAUCAACGCCGGCGGCUGCAACUUCAACUCCUUCCUGCGCCGCACCGUAAGGUUUGUGGGUGUCCAUGUCUUCGGGCUCUGCGCCACUGCGCUGGUGACCGAUGUCAUCCAGUUGGCCACCGGCUACCAUGCGCCCUUCUUCCUGACCGUCUGCAAGCCCAACUACACGCUGCUGGGCACGCCCUGCGAUGCCAACCCCUACAUCACGCAGGAUAUCUGCGCUGGCACCGACAAGCACGCCAUCCUGUCUGCCAGGAAGACCUUCCCAUCCCAGCACGCCACGCUGUCUGCCUUCGCCGCUGUCUAUGUGUCGAUGUACUUCAACUCCACCAUCUCGGACAGCACCAAGCUCCUGAAGCCCAUCCUGGUCUUCGCCUUCGCCAUCGCCGCCGGCAUCUGCGGGCUGACGCAGAUCACGCAGUACCGCAGCCAUCCCACCGACGUCUACGUGGGCUUCCUCAUCGGCGCCGGCAUCGCCGCAUACCUGGCGUACCACGCAGUGGGCAACUUCCGUGCCCCCACCGAGAGGGUCCCGGUGCCGACUCCGGCCAAGGAUGCUCUCCGGGUGCUGACGCAGCGUGGCCACGACGCCGUGUACCAGCAGAACAAGUCGGUGAGCACGGAUGAACUGACCCCACGCCUGGAGGAGGAGGAGGCGGCCGUGCGCCCGGUGCCGCGCGACAAGAACUCGCUGGGCAGCCUGAAACGCGCCAGCGUGGACGUGGAUCUGCUGGCACCGCGCAGCCCCAUGGCCAAGGAGAACAUGGUGACCUUCAGCAACACGCUGCCGCGCGUCAGCACGCCUUCCAUGGAGGACGCGGCGCGCCGGCACAUGACCAUCCACGUGCCGCUGGACGCCUCGCGCUCCAAGCAGCUCAUCUCCGAGUGGAAGCAGAAGGCGAUGGAGGGCCGCGGGGCGGAGGAGGUGGACGAGGAGGUGCCCCCGGCGCUGUACCCCACGGUGCAGGCGCGCCCCGAGCGCACAGCGUUGGGCCCACGCGUGCUCCUCCCGCCCCGUCCCGGCGCUGCGCCGUUGGUGCACAUCCCCGAGGAGAGCGCGGCGGGCGGCGCUGGGGCCGUGAGGGCCAAAUGGGUGAUGGUGGCCGAGAAAAGCGCUCCCCGAGCCGCCAACCCCCCCCGGCUGAUGCAGGUGAUCGCCAUGUCCAAACCGCAGAGCGCGGCCCCCACCACCCCCAAGCACUCGGAAACCUCCUCGUCCUCCACCAGCUCCGACUCCUCGCAGUACCGCUCGCCUUCGGAGCGCGACAGCUCCAGCAUCGUCACCAUCGACGCGCACGCCCCCCAUCACCCCGUGGUGCACCUCAACGCCGGGAACGGGCCCUGGGAGUGGAAGGCGGCCCCGAAGGGCGCUGAGGAUGGCUACGAGCUGGGCGAGGUGGGGAAGGAGUUCCGUGCCUUCCACCCGGCCAAGAGCGCCGGCGUGUCGCCAGGAUCCUCGCUGAGCGACGUGGAGCAGGACGAGCCGCGCUACGGCAGCCUGGCGGCCAUCCAUGGGGCACCGGGGGGUGCGGAGAGGGGGGAUGUGGGUGAGGGGCUGCUGGGCGCUGCCAGCCGUGAGGCCACGCUGCGCAGGAAGGCGGCUGAGCGCGACGUGCUCACGGACUGCGACGCUGACGGCUUCUAUAGGAAACUGCCAGCAGGGCGCAGGUUUAAGGACUGAGCCCACCUCCCCCUCCCCAACCCUCCCCCCCCCCAUCCCCCAGCUGUGGGCCCGAGCACUUUGGACUCCGUUUUUCUCUCUAAAACAGGUGCUGAUGGGGUUUUUUUUCGGAGGGGGGGGGGGAGGAGGGGGGUUAAUUUAUUCGGAUGAUGGCGUUGUAGGUCUGCGGGGUGGGGGAACAGUCGGUGUUAAAAGGGCUUUGGUGGGGCUGCGGGGAAUGGCAGCACGUGGCUGUGUGUGCUUCAGGUGGGAGCGGUGGGGCUCAGCA